AAGUCGGAUGAUUCUCCGCUCCACGAAAAGAAUAAGCCCUUCCCCAAAGGAGGCUAUAACGGUGUCGCUGGAGAUGACCAUCGCCGGAAUGGGUUCGUAUACGUGAAGGGUUUCCAAGUUGACGGCGAUGAAGAGUAUUCUGCGAUUCAGGAGGCGAGGAGCCUCAACGCCAUACGUACAGCCCUUGAGAACCUCGAGGACCAGCUCGAGUUCCUCCACACUGUGCAUGUGCAGCAGAGGGCAGAGAGAGAUGCUGCAAUUGCAAGUCUAGAACAGAGCAGGAUUGUUCUUGCGAUGAGACUGGCUGAACAUCAAGGUAAGAAGUAUAAAGUCAUCGAAGAAGCGCGAGCUUUUGUUGGUGAUGUGCGUGAUGCUGGUUGUUUUGUUUCUUCCAAUGACCAUCACGGUUCUGCUUCCCAUGAAGGAAAAACAUCAAGUAGUCUCAUCAAAUUUCUUGUUACUAGUUUCAAUUUUGCCAAGGAAUCCCUUAAAAUUGAUCAAGUUGGAGGCAUAUUGGGAAAUGCUGCCUUGUUUACAUUAAGCAUGCUUGCAUUAUUGCAUCUGAAUCAAAGAUCUAGCAAGGUUAAGUACAUUACAGAUUACCCGCAGAAGCAAGAAGAUUUGAUUUACAAGAAAAAUUUAGGGAGAAUUUCUAGGGCAGAUGGUUCUUCAACCAGUUGUACUUUGUCCCAAUUGGAUGUGAUGUUGGCUAGGGGCUAA